CUUCUAUCCACCUCGACACCCUCUCCGCCCUCCACCGCUCCCUGUCUCAGAAACCGCUUGUCGCACCGCGGAAACCACCACGUCCAUCAGACAAUAUCUCACCGAGUUGCUGGCGACUGGUUUUAGCGACUCCCGACCUGCGCGAUCUAACGGCCGACGUCUACGAGAAUCGCGACACCAGUCAAGUCUGACUCUUGUCGCUCUGCUCAAGGACACCUUCACUGGUUUCCGGCCGGACAACUCAGCGCGCACCUCUGUUUCCAACCAGCUCUCUCGCUCUGUGCCGUCACUUCACUCGUCGAUCUGACGCUGCCGAGUAUCGGUCCGCCGUCCAUUCAACGGGUGUGAGGCCGCGACCUCACUCUUAAAAGGUACGACGACCGCCGGAACCUGCUCAAUACCGCCAAAACGCAUUCUCCACUCUUCAUUCGUUGCUUCGCCAAGAAUCACAAGCUCCAGAAGAGCUCAAAAGGCAUCAAAAAGCGGGCUACUUUACGUUUCGAGGACUCGAUCAAAAAAGACUUUGCCGUGCGCAAGCCACUAGCCGUCAUGGCACAAGUACUGUCACCGGGCGCGGUGCCCGAUCCGAUCCCAGUGCCGGCACAGGAGGAAGAGUGGCGUGAGAAUCUGAACGUACGCCUCAUGUGCAGAGAAUGUUGCGAAGAUCCUCCAGAUCUCCGCGAAGACCAUGCGAGCGGUGACCUCCUGUGCGGAAGCUGUGGCUUGGUCUUGCAGGAGCGUUCAAUCGACACGAGCAGUGAAUGGCGCACCUUUUCAAACGAUGACCAGGGUAACGAUGACCCUAGUCGUGUCGGAGAUGGUCCAAACGCUCUCUUGAAUGGCGCGCAGCUCAAUACUAACAUUGCCUUCGGUGAUGGUGGUAUGAAGGCCAAGGACCUACACCGCGCUCAGAACAAAGCGAAUCUGGACAAGGGCAACAAGAGUCUGCUGCAAGCUUACAAGCAGAUCGGCGCACUCUGCGAUGGCUGGCAACUUCCUUCGACCGUGUCAGAUACUGCAAAGCACCUGUAUAAGGAUGCUGAGGAGAGUCGAAUUUUCAAAGGCAAGGGUCAGGACGCGCUCAUCGCAGGCUGCGUCUUCCUGGCCUGUCGCCGCAACGGAGUACCACGAUCCUUUCGCGAGGUUAUGGAUCUUACUAAAGUCACCAAGAAGGAGAUUGGCAAGACAUAUAAGAUGCUCGAAGACUUCAUUAGGCAGAGGGACAAGCAGAAGAGUGCUUCGAAAACUGCGGUCGCUCCUGACGUCUACAAUAAUGCAUACACCACCACUACCGCCGAUCCUGCAGACCUUUGCCAGCGGUACUGCAGCAUGCUGGACAUGGAUCAGCGAAGCACCAAUGUGGCUAUAGCUCUAGCCACAGUCAUGACUAAGACCGGUGCUCUCGCUGGUCGUUCUCCUCUGUCAUCCGCUGCCGCUUGCAUCUUCAUGGCCAGCAUGCUCAUGGGGCAGGCAAAGACUCCUAAAGAUAUCAUGGCCGUGGCAAAGGUUAGCGACAGUACCAUCCGCCAUGCAUACAAGCUGCUCUACGCAGAAAAGGAAAAGCUGCUCACUGAGGAAAUUAUCAAUCGUGGUGCGGACCCGGCCAAGUUAAUAAAGCCAUCUUAGGGGGCAUGGCGACUCCUCUCACCGACGGCAAAGUCUCGAAAAAGUUUCGAAAAGACCGCAAUUUAUCUUGCACACUUUCCACCCAACGACCAUGAGUCACAGCUCUCAGCAAUGGCCAGCCUUGACAGGCGGUGAUCCAUAUACUGCUUUGCGCUAGUGCUCAAACCACUCUUUACAGCCAAAUGGCUGCACAUACACGUUCUCUGGCUUUUCCUACUGUCUUUGACUUUCGAUCAUGGCUACCCAGUUAGAGCCUAUGAGAAUCUGGGACAAAAAAAAGGCUUUUCAAGGGUAUUUUAUCAGAUUGGAUUGCGAGAACCUAGACUGCGGGUGGGCGUCCUGCUUCUGCUCUUGCUUGUUGUCUUCGCUGGAAAGUAGCGAAAGCUCGCCCGCGAUCUCACCAAAACCCAGAAUGGAUGCGAUAGCUGUAUGUAUAGAAGACGCGAUAAUGAAACAAAAAA